AUGUGGCGCCUGAAUACAAUGUCCAGACAGGGCACCACUCGAUAUGACCCGUUGGAUAAAAUCUAUGGCUUGGAUACAAGAACAAGACAACUUACCUUAAAGGCUUAUCAUAGCACCGCGGCUCAGUGCGUUCACGACGAAGAUCAACGCGAGACCGUAAGUGCUAGAUCACUCAACAAUCCCGAUCCUAGCAUGCUAGCUUCGAAACCCUUGAGUCUGGUCGUGGCUACGCUCUGCUAUCCUGCAGGCUGGCAAAGCGGUUGUGGAUUACAGACUCAAUACGAGUCGGGUAAAGCCAUGCGAAUUGAUUUCCUUGAUUCUUAUGCAGCAUUGAAGAAGAUUCCUCAACUGAACAAUUUCAGGAAAGCCCGCUACUUCAUCCUUAUGCUUUGCGAUUCCGGCCUUCUCUUGCAUCACGCCUAUUUCUCGUUGGCUUUGUUAUUCUUCCUAGACAUGAUCUCUCCACAAAAUACAUCCCAACCAACACUCAGUAAUGACUCGCAAACUUGGAUGAUCCGAGAUAUGACACGCAAAUUUAAGAACUACUUUCGAGACGGUGGUACGACAGUCUUCGGUGGAUCUAUCAUCCAGAAAUUCACAGCCAGGCAAAGCCUACUCCGGAACUGCCUCUCGGGAGCAGUUGCCAGUGGAGGUGAGAGAUGGUCAACUGAAAUACCCCCAUCAUUCCUCUUUUGGAACGACCAGGUAAAAAUGAACGAUGGAUUAUGCAUUGCCGCCUGCCGAAUAGCACCCAGUAUUGACAUUGAAGGAGUAUUCAUGUGA